AUGUCGAAUUCUCAGGAUAGCUCACCUGGAGACAACAAAAGCCAUGGAAACCAAAAUGAGAGUUACCUUAAGGAUACUAUUUACACUGGAGGAUUCAAUUCAGUGACUCGUGCACAUGUAAGGAAGAGCUCAGAGGAAGUGUCUAUGGAGGUAAAAUCAAAAAUGAUAUGUGGAAUGAAUGGCUGUGAUGAGAAAGUUGGUGAGGGCUUCUCAAAGUCUCAGUGCGAAUGCGGCUACAAAAUUUGCCGUGAUUGUUACUUGGAUUGCAAUGGAGAUGUUGGAGGGUAUUGUCCUGGUUGCAAGGAACCUUAUAAGGAUCUCAGUGGAGAUGAAUGUGAUGAGCCAAGGUUUAAAGAAAAGAAGGAGGCAAAUUCACUUCCUACUAUGGGAGGAGGCAUAAAAUUGGAGAAGAAUUUUUCACUUGUGCAAUCUUACAAGGCUCCAAAUCAAGAGUUUGACCAGUCCCGAUGGCUAUUCGAGACAAAGGGAACAUACGGUUAUGGAAACGCAGUGUGGCCAAGAGAUGGAUAUGAUUUUGGGCCAGGGAAUGACAGAUCUGGAAAUCCUCCAGAAUUCAAUGAUAGAAGAAACAAACCUUUAACUAGGAAAGUUGGAGUUUCUGCUGCAAUUCUCAGUCCCUACAGAUUGCUUAUAAUGCUUCGACUUGGUGCACUCGUUUGUUUUCUGACAUGGAGGAUUUCAAAUCCUAAUCGUGAUGCAAUGUGGCUAUGGGUAAUGUCUGUGGUUUGUGAGAUUUGGUUUGCAUUUUCUUGGCUUCUUGAUCAGCUACCAAAGCUUUGCCCUGUAAAAAGACUGACAGAUCUUUCUGUUCUGAAAGAGAGAUUUGAACCCUCAGGCCCAAACCUUCAGAAUCCCAAAGGAAUAUCAGACCUUCCAGGAAUUGAUGUAUUUGUUUCAACUGCUGACCCAGAAAAAGAGCCCCCUCUUGUAACUGCAAAUACAAUUCUUUCCAUUCUUGCUGUUGACUAUCCUGUUGAAAAACUAGCAUGUUAUUUAUCAGAUGAUGGCGGCUCCCUCGUGACAUUUGAAGCACUUGCAGAGGCUGCAAGCUUUGCAAGAAUAUGGGUCCCUUUCUGUAGGAAACACAACAUAGAGCCAAGAAAUCCAGAGGCAUACUUUGGGCAGAAGAAUGACCCCCUCAAGAACAAAAAACAGCUUGAUUUUGUUAGGGAGAGGAGACGAUUAAAGCGAGAGUAUGAUGAAUUCAAGGUGAGGAUAACUGCCUUACCAGACUCGAUAAGACGAAGAUCAGAUGCCUAUAAUGCCCAGGAAGAGCUACGAGCAAAGAAAAAACAGAGAGAAAUUGGGGAAAAUCCUCUUGAACCUGUUAAGGUCUCACAGGCUACUUGGAUGUCUGAUGGAACUCAUUGGCAUGGAACUUGGCCAUCAGCAGAGGAAGACCAUUCAAGAGGCGAUCAUGCAGGUAUAAUUCAGAUAAUGUUGGCUCCCCCUAAUCCAGAAACAUUUUUUGGUAAAAAAGCUGAUGAGAAGGACUUUAUUGACACAACCGAUGUUGAUAUAAGAUUGCCAAUGCUGGUUUACGUGUCUCGUGAAAAGCGUCCUGGUUAUGAUCACAACAAGAAAGCUGGAGCCAUGAAUGCUCUAGUACGUGCCAGUGCAAUUAUGUCAAAUGGUCCAUUUGUUCUUAAUCUAGAUUGCGACCACUACGUCCAUAAUUCCUUGGCUCUGAGGGAAGGAAUUUGCUUUAUGCUUGACAGGGGAGGUGAUAAGAUUUGUUAUGUCCAAUUCCCUCAAAGGUUUGAGGGAAUUGAUCCAAAUGAUCGGUAUGCAAACCGCAAUACAGUGUUCUUUGAUGUGAGCAUGAGAGCCCUUGAUGGAUUACAAGGUCCAAUGUAUGUAGGUACAGGCUGCAUUUUCCGUAGAACUGCUCUUUAUGGGUUUAGUCCACCUCGAGCCACAGAACACCAUGGAUGGUUUGGUAGAAAGAAAAUUAAGAUGCUUUUGAAAAAACCCAAAAUGCCAAAGAAUCAAGAGGAUGAUGACAUGGUUUUACCUAUUAUUGGGGAUCAAAAUGGUGAUGAUGAAGUCAUCAACUAUUUGAUUCCAUCAAAGUUUGGAAAUUCUAAUUCUUUGAUUGACUCCAUCACAAUAGCCGAAUUUGGGGGUAGACAGCUUCAUGAGUUGAGGGGAAAAGGUUGUCAGAGCAGACUAGCUAGUUCUUUGGCCGUGCAACAUGAGCCUUUAGAUUCUGCAGCCAUUGUAGAGGCGGUCAGCGUUAUAAGUUGCUUCUAUGAGAUAAAGACUGAGUGGGGCAAAAGUGUUGGAUGGAUAUAUGGUUCUGUUACAGAAGAUGUUGUAACAGGUUAUCGGAUGCACAAUAGAGGAUGGAGAUCAGUUUACUAUGUCACCAAAAGAGAUGCAUUUAGAGGGACUGCACCGAUAAACUUAACCGAUAGGCUUAUCCAAGUCCUUAGAUGGGCCACCGGUUCCGUUGAGAUUUUCUUUUCCCGCAACAAUGCUCUAUUUGCAGAUGGUCAGGAAUCACACUCCAUGACUGGUGGAGAAAUGAACAAUUCUGGUUGAUCGGUGGAAUUAGUGCCCAUCCUGUGGCUGUGAUUCAAGGGCUAUUGAAGGUCAUAGCGGGACUUGACAUAUCAUUCACGCUGACAUCAAAAUCAACUACAGUAGAUGAUGGAGACGAUGAAUUUGCAGAGUUAUACAAGUUUAGAUGGACCACUUUGAUGGUCGCACCAAUAACAAUCAUCUUGCUUAAUGUGACUGCAAUUGCAGUGGGGGUGUUUAGGACCAUGUACAACCCCUUUCCACAGUGGAGCAGGCUUGUUGGAGGCGUCUUCUUCAGUUUUUGGGUGUUGUCUCAUCUCUACCCCUUCGCGAAGGGUUUGAUGGGGAGGAAAGCGAAGGUUCCCACAGUAGUAUAUCUGUGGUCUGCAAUAAUCUGCAUUGUGGUUUCAUUGCUUGGGGUGUACAUACACCCUCUCUCUGGAACGCAGGAUUACCUUAAGUUUGCGUUUCCCUGAUGUGCUGUAUUUCCCUUACUACUCGUUCUUCACUUAGCAGCCAUAAACAUCAAGCAUGAAGUAGUUAGUCCACUUCAUCUUGUACUUUCAUCUUCUUUGUUCUACAUUUUGUACUGAAAAGUAUUAUUUGGCUUGCACUGAUUGUUAAUACGUUUCCUUGUUUUGAUAAUAAUGGAUUUACCAGUUGAAACACUGUUAUAGAAUUCUUUUGUGACAUUUGCAAAG